AUGGGCAAGGGUCCUGUCUCUACAGUGACAUCGGCAAGCAGGCUCGAGUUGGUAAUAUUCUUAUUUUGGAAUAGGAGCCUUGGAGUAAUUGGUAAAGUUGCCUUGGCAGAAAUUCCAAAUCUUCUGUACAAGGACUACCAGACGUCUUCAGUUACUUCUGACUCCGCCACCACAGUGACUUUCACUUCAGCAAAAUUGAAGACGCGCAAUCUGUUUCAGGUUGAUGUCAAUACUCAACAGAAGAUCGAGAAUAUUACAACUAAAACCCUUUCUCUGAUUUACAACCCUUUCACAACCAUCACAUAUGAAGCUGCUGCUGCUUCAUGGAAGAAGGCAUUAAUUCUAAACUUCAGAGUUCCUUACCGUUCUGGAAAGCUGGAGCUUCAAUAUUUACACGAGUAUUCUGGGAUAAGCACCAGUAUUGAAUUGGCAGCAAACCCCAUUGUUAAUUUCUCUGGUGUAGUGGGAACUAAUGUUCUUUCUCUUGGAACUGAUGUGUCCUUUGACACCAAGUUGGGAACAUUCACUAAGUGCAGUGCUGGCCUGAGUUACACAAAUGAUGAUGGCAUUGUUACUUCUUGCAAUCUGAAUGACAAGGGUCCGAGUAUAUCAUAUUACAGCACACUCAAACACAUGCAAAAAACUGAUGUUGGCUUGGAGGUGGCCCGUAGCUUCUCUAACAAUGAGACGACCAUUACUGCUGGCACUAAGAUUAAGUUGGAUGAGCGGACCACUGUGAAGGCGCGUUGGAACAAUUUUGGCAAGGCAACUGCAUUGCUCCAACAUGAGUGGCAUCCAAAUUCUCUUUUCACCCUUUGGGGUGAAAUUGACACCAAAGCUACACGGCCAAAGUGUGGAUGGACCGUUUCUUUGUUUGGGAUUCCCUAA